AGUCUGGUGGGGUGCUGCGCGGGGUGCGGACCGCCGGGGCUCGGAGUGGCCAGGGGCGUCCGCCAGGGGGCGCGCCGCGACGGGGCGGGAGGGGCAGUCUGGUCCAGGGAAUUAGCUCCAGGGACGCGCGCGCGCGGGUCCCCAGCACAUCUGGGCCAGAGCGGCGCCGCUGGAGCCAAGGGGGGCGCGGGGCGCGGAUCUGGAGCGGCGGAGUCUUGGCCCAGCUGGGGCCCUUCGAGGCUCUCGGGCGCACACCUGGGACCUCGAGCAGGGGCUUUGCCGCGCACAGCUGGGGCAGGGGGGCGGGGGCGGCGGCUGCACAGCUGGACCAAAGGGGGCGGGGUCGGUCCUGGGCGGCAGACAGAGGGGAGGGCCGCGAGUCGCCGGGGACAGGAGCUCGGGACGGCGCGCCUGAAAGAACAGGGUUGAGCAAGGGGCGUGGGACCCCGAAAGGCAAAGAGGACAGAAAGGCACCAGAGAGCAAAGGAGGAAGAUGCGACUGACUCGCUGCUGCUUCGUGUUCCUAGUGCAGGGCAGCCUCUAUCUGGUCAUCUAUGGCCAGGAUGAUGGUCCCCCCGGUUCAGAGGACCCUGAGCAUGAUGACCACAAGAACCAGCCCCGACCCCGGAUGCCUCGGAAACGGGGCCACAUUGCACCAAAGUCCCGUUCCAUGAUCAAUGCCACUCUCUUAGGGCUGCUGGCUCCACCUGGUGAGGCAUGGGGGGGCUUUGGGCAGCUCCCCAGUCGCCCAAACCACAGCUCCCCACCCUCAGCCAAAGUGAAGAAAAUCUUUGGCUGGGGUGACUUCUACUCCAACAUCAAGACGGUGGCUCUGAACCUGCUGGUCACCGGGAAGAUUGUGGACCAUGGCAACGGGACCUUCAGCGUCCACUUCCGGCACAAUGCCACAGGUCAGGGCAACAUCUCCAUCAGCCUUGUGCCCCCCAGUAAAGCCGUGGAGUUCCACCAGGAGCAGCAGAUCUUCAUUGAGGCCAAGGCCUCCAAGAUCUUCAACUGCCGCAUGGAGUGGGAGAAGGUGGAGCGGGGCCGCCGGACCUCACUGUGCACCCAUGACCCAGCCAAGAUCUGCUCUCGAGACCAUGCCCAGAGUUCAGCCACCUGGAGCUGCUCCCAGCCCUUCAAAGUUGUCUGCGUCUACAUAGCCUUCUAUAGCACAGACUACAGGCUGGUCCAGAAGGUGUGCCCAGAUUACAACUACCACAGUGAUACCCCCUACUAUCCUUCUGGGUGACCCCAGGCAGGCUAUGGACGCUGGGCCAGGGCUGGAAGGUCAGGCCUGCCUGUGCAAGAGGUCAUCCAUCUGGACAUUAGGCAGGCCAGGGGAGGACUACAGGCAGGGAGGGGGCUGGAGACAAGGAGAGGCCAAGGGUGGCUGGGUCCGAGUCUUAGGUGGUGAGGGAGGACCCCCAAGCUCUGGCUCUGGCCUGUGGUGGUGGAGCAGCCAGGACACAGGAGAGCUGGUGGUAAGCAGAGGGGGGCAGGAGGAGUUCCUGCACAGACUGGGGGUGGGUGCUUGUGCUGUGGGACAGACAGGUAGAUGGUGGAUCCAAGAGCUCUCCCACCCCCAGGGCAGAUAGACCAGUGCGACCCUGAUGGAGUCCAGAAGAGUCUAAAACCUUGGUUCCCUCCCUGCCAGCCUGAGAAAGGACAGCGACAAGGAGAGGGGUGUUUCAUCAGCGUGGACACCACGCAGACCAGAAAGAUGACUUGAGACUGGCAUCCUGGGAGCCAGCACUGGCAGCCUGGCAGGCAGCUCAACAGCACCACCCAGUGGACAUCUCUAAGCCCUUGUCCUGGGCUGAAGUGGUGACCCUUGGAAUCUUUAGCUCCUGGGCCUCACCCUUAUCCAGCCAAGCCAUCCCUUUCCCAAAUUCUCCUGCCCUGUCCCUACUUUUGCUUCCCCAUGCUGAUGUGAUACUGACCUUAAAACAGAAGCAGAGGUCAGGGGAAGGGGGCCAGGGGCAGCACCCAGCACCAAAGCCGUCAUGUAUCAUGUGUUCCUCCUCUACUCACCCUGCCAGCUCCUUUGGGGGCAUCUUAAUCUAACCAAGCAGCCUUCCAUGGCCAGCCUCACCUGCCAGAUCAGGGGGCUGGGGGAGGCCAGCCAGGAGGGCAAGCUGGAUGUGCUCCGUAGUGUGUGUCUGUGGGG